UCCCCCAAUGGAUUAUCCCCCCUUCUAUGUGAUGCUGUCGUGCUUGGUGCCGCUGCACUGCUGGCUCGCCGCGGGCCGGGGAGCCAGAGCCCAAGAGCUCCUCCUGUCUGGAAAGCUAAGUGAAUAUGGUGUGAUUGUGCCCUUCAGUGCAGAUCGCCAGGGACGGUUCCUCUCACAUAUGGUGUCUGGCUCAGGGGCAACAAGGAGGGGGGAAGCCAGCCGCCCCUCCACCGUUCCGUCACACCCAGGUCGACACAGAGUGGUCCGCAGUGCACCUCUACACCAAAGCAUGCCCAGGAACCACUUGUUCUACUUCAAUGUCACUGUUUUGGGGAAGGAACUGCAUCUUUGGCUCAAGCCCAACCGGCGGCUGAUAUCCCCAGGGGCUUUGGCUGAAUGGCAAGAGGACUUCCAGGAGGUCUUUCGGGAGCCCCUGCAGCAGGAAUGCGUCUUCACAGGAGGUGUCUCGGGCAUGCCAGGAGCCGUGGUGGCCGUCAGCAAUUGUGAUGGGCUGGCAGGCCUGAUUCGAACAGACAGUGGUGAGUUUUUUAUUGAACCCCUGGAGCGGGGUCAGCGGGAGACAGAAAAGAAUGGAAGAGCACAUGUGGUCUACCGCAGGUCUACCAUCCAACAAGAGAAAACAGAAACGUUCAAGGAUCAUCACAACAAAGCCUUUAGCCUGGGUCAGCUCCCAAACACUCUGGACAUGAUUGAAGACCAGCUUGGUGAAGCAGAGCGGAAGAAACGCCAUGCCAAGAAGGAUGACUACAACAUAGAGGUUCUGCUAGCUGUGGAUGAUUCAGUUGUGCGGUUCCAUGGGAAGGAACAUGUCCAGAACUAUGUCCUCACCCUCAUGAACAUAGUAGAUGAAAUUUACCAUGAUGAGUCUUUGGGAGUUCACAUCAACAUUGUUCUGGUUAGAAUGAUCAUGGUGGGCUACAGACAGUCAAUCAGUCUAAUAGAGCGUGGGAACCCCUCUCGGAGCUUAGAGCAGGUCUGUCGCUGGGCCCAUUCUCAGCAGCGCUCAGAUCCUGAACAUGCUGAAUACCACGACCACGCAGUGUUCCUCACCAGGCAAGAUUUUGGUCCCGCAGGUAUGCAAGGAUAUGCCCCGGUCACUGGGAUGUGCCAUCCUCUGCGCAGUUGUACCCUCAACCAUGAAGAUGGAUUCUCCUCUGCAUUUGUGGUUGCCCAUGAGACUGGCCAUGUGUUAGGUAUGGAACACGAUGGGCAAGGUAACCGAUGUGCUGAUGAGACCAGCAUGGGAAGCAUUAUGGCACCAUUGGUGCAGGCUGCAUUUCACCGUUACCAUUGGUCCCGAUGUAGCAAGCAGGAGCUGAACCGUUAUAUACACUCCUACGAUUGCCUCUUGGAUGAUCCCUUUGAGCACAAGUGGCCCAAACUGCCGGAGCUGCCUGGAAUCAAUUACUCCAUGGAUGAGCAGUGCCGCUUUGAUUUUGGUGUGGGCUACAGAACAUGCACAGCUUUCAGAACUUUUGACCCUUGCAAGCAGCUGUGGUGCAGCCAUCCUGAUAAUCCCUACUUCUGCAAAACAAAGAAAGGACCACCCUUGGAUGGAACUGAGUGUGCAUCUGGCAAGUGGUGUUUCAAGGGUCACUGCAUCUGGAAGACUUCAGAACAACCUUACAGCCAGGAUGGCAGCUGGAGUUCCUGGUCCAAAGUUGGUUCCUGCUCCAGGACCUGUGGGGGUGGGGUACGCUCCCGCAGCAGGAACUGCAACAACCCGCCCCCGGCCUAUGGAGGGCGCCAGUGCCCAGGUGCCACUUACGAGUACCAGGUUUGCAACACUGAAGAAUGCAGAGGGCCCUAUGAAGAUUUCCGUGCCCAGCAGUGCUCCAAGCGGAAUUCUUACUACACCCACCAGAACUCUAAGCACACCUGGCUUCCCUAUGAACACCAUGAUGAUGCUCAGAAGUGUGAAUUGAUUUGCCAGUCUGAGGAAACAGGAGAUGUGGUAUUCAUGAACCAGGUUGUUCAUGAUGGCACCAGAUGCAGCUAUAAAGAUCCAUACAGCGUCUGUGUGAGAGGGGAGUGUGUGCACGUCGGUUGUGACAAAGAAAUUGGCUCCCUGAAGCAAGAUGACAAGUGUGGGGUUUGUGGUGGUGACAAUUCCCACUGCCGGACGGUAAAAGGGACUUUGGUCAAAUCUCCCAAACAGCCAGUGGGUGCUUUGAAAAUGUUUGAGAUUCCGGCUGGCGCCAGGCAUGUUCAGAUUGAAGAAGUGGAGCCUGCAUCCCAUACAAUUGCUGUUAAGAACCAGGCCUCUGGCAACUUCAUCCUGAAUCCCAAGAGCAAAAGUGCCAAGAGCAACACCUUCAUAGAAAUGGGGUUGGAAUGGGAAUACACCGUUGAAAACAGCAAGGAAAGCUUGAAAACCAGCGGCCCCCUGCAUGAAGCCAUCAGUGUGCUGGUUGUCCCACAAGAGGAUGAUUCUAAGAGCAGCCUCAUGUAUAAGUACAUCAUACAUGAAGAUCUCCUUCCUGUCAUUGGAAACAACAAUGUCCUCCUUGAAGAAAUGGAUACCUAUGAGUGGGCUCUGAAGAGCUGGUCUCAGUGCUCAAAAGCUUGUGGUGGAGGGAUCCAGUACACCAAGUAUGGCUGCCGGAGAAAGAGCGACAACCGAAUGGUGCAUCGGAACUUCUGUGAUAGUGGCAAGAAACCAAAGCCAAUCCGCAGGAGAUGCAACAUGCAGGAAUGCUCUCAGCCAAUGUGGGGAGCGGAGGAAUGGGGUGCCUGCAGCAAGUCCUGUGGCAAGCUGGGAGUCCAGAUCAGGGUGGUACAGUGCAUCCAGCACCUCCAGAAUGGCACAAAUCGGACAGUGCACACAAAAUACUGCCCAGGAGACAAACCAGACACCCGCCGGCCCUGCAGUCGCAUCCCGUGUCCUGCCCAGUGGAGAACAGGGGCCUGGUCUCAGUGCUCUGUCAGUUGUGGAGAAGGGAUCCAGCAGCGCCAGGUGGUGUGUAAGUCCAGUGACAACAGCCUUGGUCAGUGUGAGAGCGAGAAGCCAGAGACCAUCCAGGUUUGCAGAAUGGCAGCAUGCCCAGGAAAGCUAUCAAGCAUCACGGCAACUGCAGACACCGGUGAUCAUGUGACUCCGAAGGUCCAGUGGGUGCCACAGGAGAGUGCCAAGAACCCAGUUAUGAAGAUAUCAUCAAAGGAGCCUUGCCUUGGAGACAAGUCCAUAUUCUGCCAGAUGGAGGUCUUGGCUCGCUACUGCUCCAUCCCUGGCUACAACAAGCUCUGCUGUGAAUCCUGUAGCAAGAAGGUCUCCACCACCAGUCAGCCGCCCAGCACCAACCAAGGAGUUCUGGAGACGGGGACACGCGGGGAUGCUGUUCUUCCCAGCCCUCUCCCCCAGCUGCCUUUCCACCCCACCAUUAUGAGCCACCUGCAGAGGAUAAAAGGCACAGUUCCCAAAGAGACAGAGGCAGCCCAUGGACCCCUGCCUGCCUCAACUGCCCUUGGGUCCUGUCAGGCUAAGACUGCUUCACAGUUUCCGGGCAGUUCCAGCAACAACUCUUCAAAAGAUGACAUGUCAAGAGUUCUACCUCCUACUCGACAAACGGCGGAAGGGAGGGGCCCUAGAGACCUCCGGAGCAGCUCGGCUUCCCGACACCUCCCAGCGGUCUUGGACAACCCUUUAUCUGUGUCACAAAGAGAAAGCAAACUUCUUUUUCUCCCUCAAGGACGAAGGAAGGACAUCACAGAGUCCAAACAGUCAGCUGGCAACCUUAGGACUUCCUCGCCUGUAGGGACAUGA